AUGCAAGAUCCAAGGAUUUCUUUGUCAGAAGAGAUCAUGAAUAAUAAACCAAGGAAGAAGAAAAACUUAACCCAGAAGACUUCUCUGAUCCAGUUGAAAGCGAAUGGUGUUAAAGAAGAUGGACAGACAUCUCUAUCUUUAAAAUCAGGACAGAAGGGUUCCAAGAGACCAUUGAUGACUGAAGUUUCGCCACCUUUUCAGAAACAAGAAGGUUCUAAUUCUGAUUCACUGCCUGACUCCUCUGCAGCUGGGAAUGGCUAUCGCACAUUGAGGCGGAAGUAUUUACUGCUUGAAGAUGAGAGCUUUGCAUUAGGGGAAGAGUUAAGAGGGGUUGAAGAUGAAGUAAAAUCCCUUGAAGAUGAAAAGAUUGCAUUGCUGGAUCAGCUUGUUGUGAUGGAAGGUCUUGUUGAACCACCAAUCCAGUCGUAG